AUGAGCUACUAUAAAACCAAAAAAAUAACUACUUGGUUGCCCCAAAUCAAGUUCGAAGAGAUCUACUUCAAUUCCUACAACUGUAAUAAGCAUAAAUGGAUUCGAUAAAGAGCAAUGAAGAUGUUUCCCACGUUGAUGUGAUUAGUGCCAAGGAUCUGCUAUCCUCAGGUCACCGUUACUUAGAUGUGAGGACAGUUGAAGAGUUUAACAGAGGACAUAUUGAUAAAGCGAUAAAUAUUCCAUACAUGUUCCUCACUGAAGAAGGAAGAGUACAAAACCCAAAUUUUCUUGUCCAGGUUUCUUCAGUGUGCCAAAAGGAGGACCAUCUGAUUGUGGGGUGCAACAGUGGAGGGAGAGGACGUCGAGCAUGUGUCGAUCUUCUUAAUGCGGGGUACAAGGAUGUAAGAAAUUUGGAAGGAGGAUACUCAGGAUGGGUGGAUAAUGAGUUUAAAGGAGAUAAUAAAGCAGAAGCUGAGCAGUUCAAAACUGCCUGCAAAUUUCGUCCGUGAAUCUACAAUUGGAUUAGUUGAAUUUGCACAAGAAUUAAUUUCAGGUGGAAUGAAUAUCGUGGGAAUAAGCAUGUAAAACUUCUGUAUUACAUUUUGAUUUCAAAUUGUUGUCUGCAAAGGAUUUUCUCAUUCUAUUUUGAUGAUUUUGAGCUUGUUAAUGUUGGAGAAUAAAUUCACUUGUCAUUAACUUCUAUGGACUGAUGAUGUACAAUUUUUUUAUACCAUUAGGCAUCAGAUUAUGUCGA